CGAAAUGGGUUGUCGAGAUUUUCUCUUGAGAUCGGACCUAUAUGUCAAACUUGUCCGAGACAAACGUGUCCAUAUUCGCGUGCCUGCAUAUUCCUGCUCCGGUUUUGCUGCUUCAGAGCAAUGCGGCUAGUGUCUCCGCCUGUCUCCGACACUCUCGGAGGUUGGUUCGUUUCAUGUGGAUUAGAGAGGGUUUGAUCUUUUCUUGUCUCUUCCUUGACCUUUUCCUCAGAGGUCCCCGAGACCCUUUGUGGUGCACACAAAACACCAGUCCUUGAAUUUGGGACUUCCUCAUAUACAUAUCCAUCUCGCUCAUCUUCACUUCACUUCCCUGGAAGAACACCGAGUUGAUGAACAAUACAUGGCAGUUCUGAGUGUGUUUUCUGUCUGAGGUGGCCACACUUUGCUUGUUGGAAAGAGACUAUAGAGAGCAUUAAGUCGGCUUGUUAUUAGGCUAACUCGACAUGGCCGGUGAACAAGUGCAAGUUCUGAACGCGCUAGACGUUGCUAAGACGCAAUGGUACCAUUUCACGGCGAUCAUCAUUGCCGGGAUGGGCUUCUUCACGGACGCGUACGACCUUUUCUGCAUAUCCCUCGUGACCAAGUUACUCGGUCGGAUAUACUACCAUGUGGAUGGCGCGGCGAAGCCUGGAACCUUGCCUCCGAAUGUGUCCGCAGCUGUAAACGGCGUGGCCUUCUGCGGGACCCUUUCAGGCCAGCUCUUCUUCGGCUGGCUCGGCGACAAGCUGGGAAGGAAGAAAGUCUACGGCAUGACGCUGAUGCUCAUGGUGAUAUGCUCAAUUGCUUCGGGAUUGUCCUUCGGCCACGAGCCGAAGUCCAUCAUGGCAACGCUCUGCUUCUUCCGGUUUUGGCUAGGCUUUGGCAUCGGAGGCGACUAUCCGCUAUCUGCAACUAUUAUGUCUGAAUAUUCCAACAAGAAGACUAGAGGGGCCUUCAUUGCUGCGGUUUUCGCAAUGCAGGGGUUCGGGAUAUUGGCGGGUGGAGUGUUCGCGAUCAUCAUUUCGUCCGCCUUCAACGCUCGGUUCAACAGCCCGGCUUAUGAGGUAGACUCAAUCCGCUCAACCGUGCCCCAGGCCGACUUUGUUUGGAGGAUCAUUCUGAUGGUGGGGGCGCUUCCGGCCGCACUCACCUACUACUGGAGGUUGAAGAUGCCCGAAACUCCCCGUUACACCGCCCUGGUAGCAAAGAACAUGAAGCAGGCGGCUGCUGACAUGUCAAAGGUUCUGAAUAUUGAUAUGGAGGCAGAGCAACAGAAUGCCCAGAAGCCGCUGCCAGUGCCGGCAGCUGAAGAUCAGUCCGUUGGCUUAUAUGGCUUGUUCUCUAGUGAAUUUUUACGACGCCACGGGCUUCACUUGCUUGGAACAGCGAGCACAUGGUUCCUACUCGACAUCGCGUUCUAUAGCCAGAACCUGUUCCAGAAGGACAUCUUCAGCGCCGUCGGGUGGCUUCCCCCGGCAAAGACCAUGAAUGCGAUAGAGGAGGUGUACAGGAUUGCACGGGCUCAGACGCUCAUCGCCCUGUGCAGCACUGUGCCAGGGUAUUGGUUCACGGUGGCUUUAAUAGACAGGAUAGGGCGGUUUGUCAUCCAGCUGAUGGGAUUUUUUUUCAUGACGGUCUUCAUGUUCGCCCUCGCGAUCCCUUAUGACCACUGGACUCGCAAGGAGAACCGCGUUGGCUUCGUGGUGAUCUACUCCCUCACUUUCUUCUUCUCCAACUUUGGACCCAACGCCACCACAUUUGUCGUGCCAGCCGAGAUCUUCCCAGCCCGGUUGAGGUCCACAUGCCACGGCAUAUCAGCAGCAUCCGGGAAGCUCGGUGCCAUGGUGGGGGCGUUCGGGUUCCUCUACUUGGCUCAGAACCAAGACAAGGCAAAGGCAGAUGCAGGGUACCCUGCAGGAAUCGGAAUCAAGAACUCCCUCAUCGUGCUCGGCGGAAUCAACUUCUUGGGGCUGCUGUUCACGUUUUUGGUGCCCGAGGCAAAGGGUAAGUCUCUGGAGCAGAUGUCAGGUGAGAUGGAGGAUAAAGUCGAUGCAAAGCAGGCGGAGCAGCAGCAGCAGCCGCAGCAGGCUUAUAGCAGUAGGACAGUUCUGGCUCUUUAGAUGCCGCAUCUGGUGGAUUCCGACAUGUCUUCUCUAGUCUGUCUCCGAGUAGUUCUGAUGAAGGCCGGUUCUCUUUUUAUUAGCUACUGAGUCAGUGGGCUUGAAUUCUAUCCCUAGGUUUUAUAAUCACCUUGAAUCUGUAGCAGAUAUAACCAGGACUCUAGGAGUAUAAGAUGGUUUUACUGCUGCAUCCUUCCCAUUAUCUGAUGCGGUUUCCGCGUUUGUAGCGAGACAAGAAUUGUCAAUUUCUUACAAGUUCAAACAAGAUGAUCUAGUUUCUCCAG